AUGAAACCACCACCUGGAUUACCUCAUUCUCCUAAUCAGGUGUGUAAACUUCGCAAAACAUUGUAUGGACUUAAACAAGCACCUCGUGCUUGGUUUGAUAAAUUAUCCAAUGUUAUUCUCCAAUAUGGAUUCACUCAAAGUGCAUAUGACUCAGCCAUGUUCAUCCGGAAGACUAAAAGGGGAAUGGUCUUUCUUCUCUUGUACGUUGACGACAUGUUCAUCACAGGUAAUGACUUGGAAGGUAUCAGUGCUUUAAAGCUUCAUCUCAGCUCUUGUUUUGAAAUGAAAUACCUUGGUUUUCUAAGAUAUUUUAUAGGUAUUGAAGUUGAUAAGUCAUCUAGUGGAUACUUUAUCUCUCAAGUGAAGUAUGCUACUAAUAUCCUUCAGCGUGCAGGUUUAACCGACAACAAAACUGUCGACACACCACUUGAACUGAAUGUAAAACUCAAUUGUAUUGAUGGACAAGCGUUGCCCAAUCCUACGUUAUAUCGUCAACUAGUAGGCAGUUUUAACCAUCUUACUAUUACACGACCAAACAUCAGUCAUGCAGUUCAUAUUGUCAUCCAGUUCAUGUCACCUCCAAGAUCAACACACUUUGCUGCAGUUCUUCGGAUUUUACGGUACAUCAAAGGUACUUUGUAUCAAAGAUUACAUUUCUCAUCUACAUAUAAUCUUCGUCUACGUGCAUAUUCCGAUUCUGAUUGGGCAGGUGAUGCUACAGAUCGUCGCUCCACCACUAGUUAUUGUAUGUUUCUUGGUGAUUCUCUUAUUACACGACGAAGUAAGAAACAAACAGUAGUUUCCCGUUCUAGUGCUGAAGCUGAAUAUAUAACUCUCGCUCACACAACUUCUGAGAUUGUUUGGUUACAAUGGAUUCUUGGUGACAUGGGAGUUCCCGUCUCUGAACCCACACCUCUUUUCUGUGAUAACAAAGCUGCCAUUCACAUUGCUCAUCAUGAUGUUUUCCAUGAGCGCACUAAGCACAUUGAAAUUGAUUAUCACUUUACACGACAUCAUUUUCAGCAAGGAACUAUUGCGUUGCCAUUUGUCAAGUCAGAGUUUCAAAUAGCCGACCUUUUUACGAAAUCACAUCCUUCUUCUCGUCUCCAGUUCUUGGUAUCCAAACUCAGUAUGUCUUCCAGGCCAUCUUGA